AUGUACUCUUUCGUCAUAAUCGCAGCCUUGGCCGUAACCGUCAAUGGGGCAAUUACCGACUUAAAUUGUACCACCGCUGAUGGGAAGUGGUCUGACCGUGCCCUUAGUUGUGACAAUGUGAUCUCGGACGCCGUUUGCGAUUCGAUUAUCAAAUCUCAGAAAGCGCUCGCCGUCGGUGACGACACAGAUCGUGCAACGGAAUGCUAUAAGAUGGGUGAUGCAGACUCGGAAGAGAAGAAGCAGGCUGUGAUUGCUAUGUGCCCAAAAACUUGCGGUUACUGCUGCUUGACUCCACAAUACCACUGCAAUAAUAAAGAAUUCCCUGGAGUAACUUGCUCUACAAUCAAGCCCGCACAAUGCAAAGAUCCUAUGUGGCGCGAAAUCAUAGCACGUGAUUGCCCGAACGUGUGUGGAUUUUGCAUGGAAGGUGGAUGUGUCGAUGCUGCUAUCGAGUGUGCUAAUGACAAGAGCAUUUGUCGUAAUGUCGAUAUGCAGGAAUUCGUCCAAACAAAGUGUAAGAAAACAUGUGGAUUCUGUGAUGGCAGCUCACAGUCAACCCAACCUGGAGGAUUCACCAAUAGCCCUGGAACAUGCGUGGAUAACGGGAAAGGUUGUGCGGGUUGGAAAAAGAAUGGAUUCUGUCAAAGCCUAUUCUACAGCGAUUCUCAGAAACGAGAGACUUGCGCCAAAACCUGUGGAUAUUGCUAA